UGUUUUCUGCUUAGCUUUUAGUUUGUUGAUUAUUGUUUUUGUCUUUUAUGUUUUACCUGUACAGCACUUUGGCCAGUUGAUGCUUUAUAAAUAAUUGGAUUGGACUGUUGUAUUCUGCUGCUACAUGCUAAAAUAACAUAUUAGAUUAAAAAAAACAGCACCUCCCACAUCUCACUGCCCACCCUUAAGUUGAUGUUGUCAUUCACUUUAAAUUUAAACUAAGUGCAGCCAGAUCUGAGCAGUUAAACCACUUGACCUCAGCAGAUACAGAUCAUCAUGUUCGUGUCAAUAGUUCUGCUGUGGAUCUCCGUUUGCUUCAUCCUCCUCCUACUUAAAUCACGAAGACCCAAGAAUUUCCCACCCGGACCCCCAGCCUGGCCCGUCCUGGGGAACCUUCUGUAUCUCAUCUCAAAAGAUCCUUUGAUGAACUUGGAGAAGCUGAGACAGUCUUAUGGAAACGUCUACAGUUUAUUCCUCGGUUCCAGACCAGUUGUAGUCAUCAACGGGUUAAAGAUGAUGAAGGAGGCGAUGGUGACCAAGGGUCCUCACUUUGCUGGAAGACCUCAAGACCUGUUAAUGAAUCGGCUCACUCAGUGGAAAGGUGUACUUCUACUUGAUUACGGCUCAGCCUGGAGGGAGCAUCGUCGUUUUGAUUUGAUGACUUUGAGGAACUUUGGUCUGGGAAAGAAAUCGAUGGAGGACCGAAUUCAUGAAGAAUUGCAUCACACCAUUAAAAUCCUGGACCAGAGCGCUGGUGAAACUCUGAGACCUCGGGUUAUGUUUCAUAACAUCACCUCCAACGUCAUCUGUAAGUUUCUGUUUGGUACGCGUUAUGAAUACGAUGAUGAAAACUUCAAAGUGAUGAUUCAGCGCUUGCUUAAAUUGACUAAAAUAAUCAACAAACCAUGGAUGAUGAUCUAUGACUUUCUUCCUAAAGUUCGUUCUGUGAUGGAGCCCAACAAGAAGGUGUUUAAGGUCAUAGAGGCUUUUCUGAGUUUUUCAGUCAGUCAGGUGAACGAGCACAAGAAGAGCAGAAUCCCCGGAGAACCACGAGAUUUUAUCGACUGUUACCUGGAAGAGCUGGAUAAGAAGAGUGAUGAGUCAUCAUUUUCAGAGGAACAACUCAUCGGUCAGCUGUUUGAUCUUUACGUUGGUGGAACCGACACCACCACCAACACGCUCCUCACAGCGUUCCUCUACCUGACGAAUUACCCUCAAAUACAAGAGCGAUGCCAGCAGGAAAUCGAUCAGGUGUUAGAAGGAAAGGAUCGGGUCACCUUUGAGGACAGACACAACAUGCCUUACAUGCAGGCUGUGGUCCAUGAAGUUCAAAGAUUUGGCAACAUCCUUCCGUUCGGCAUCUUCCACUGCACAACUAAAGACACAGAACUGAUGGGAUAUUCUGUUCCCAAGGGAACGAUGAUCAUCCCGAACAUGAUGUCUGUGCUGAAGGAGGAGGGUCAGUGGAAAUUCCCUCGUGACUUCAACCCUGAGAACUUUUUGAAUGAGCAGGGGGAGUUUGUCAAACCAGAGGCCUUCAUGCCUUUCUCUGCAGGUCCUCGGAUGUGCAUCGGCGAAAGUCUGGCUCGCAUGGAGCUCUUUCUCAUCGUGGUGACUCUGCUGAGAAAGUAUAAGUUCAUCUGGCCGGAGGAUGCAGGAGAACCAGACUACACGAUGGUCUUUGCAGGAAGUUUGACUCCAAAACCUUAUAACAUGAAGAUUGAGUCAAGGUCCCCACAGUAAAGUGAUAUGUGAAUGUGUGGAUGAAUGACUGAUUUUGUUGUAAAGAGGGGUUGUAUACGGGACUAUAUAAAAUACAGGCCAUUUACCAUUUUACCAUGUUCAAACUUUUUGUGGAGGAAACCUCAUUUCAUCUUUAUUUUGUCUUGUUUCUACACAUUUAUUCCCUUUUAUUUGCAUUUUCGUCAUACAGCAACUUCCACAGUUGCUACAGCGGCAAAGGAUGGGUCCAGGUCUAUUUGUUUGAUGCACUUCUCAUGAACUCACAGAGAGGUGGAAAGUGUGUCUCUGUAUCUUAUAGCCUUUUACUGUUGCAGGUGGCUUUAACUUCAUUGGGGUCCAAUCCUUAAACAUAACGCAAACAUGUAAAUGAAGUAAAACUAAUUGAAAUUAUGUCGUGAUUAACUGGACUGUAGCGGUCAACAAAACCUACGGCUACCCAGCCCUCCUCUAUGUUCACCAGGUGAGACUGACAGCUCCUUUUGAUUGUGACUGCCUGCACCCAUGUGACCCCGUUGAAUCGCCUUGACAACAAAAAAGGAAAUGAAAUGGAAACCCAGUGACCAACACACUCAACAAAAAGCAUGGCUCCUCCAUAUUAUAAUAAAUAUUUAAUGAAGAUGUCACAUAGAUCUGAGCCACUUCAGCACCUUGGACAGUGUAAUAAUUUGGCGACUGAUUAUUUUUGCCUCAUAAUGGGUUAACAUUUCUCUAGUGCCUUAAGACGACUCUCAUCAUGAUUUGGUGCUGCUUCUAGAAUGCAGUUUCAAACAUGAUGUCAAAAUCUAAAUGUACUUAUUUUACUCAGUGAUUGAUUUGUAUUUUAAGUAUGUUUGAAUUAAGAGAUGGAAAAUAUGAUUUGAGGGGGGUCCUAUAUGUUUGAAAUACCUAAAGUGAGAACUAAUGCUAAGUAUAGAUGUGUGUCGGUUUUGGGAGUGAAGUUAUGGAAUGGACUUAAUGAUGAAGUGAAGAUGUGUUAUUCUUUGUCAUUUUUCAAGAAAAUUUUAAAAAUUUGCAUCUUCCAAAGUUAUAGAAACUUAGUUUGAUGUCUAACCUUGUGUUGAUUUGAUUUCUUGACUUUUCAUUGCUUUUUCUUUAAAUGUUAUGCAUCUUAUCUAUCAGCCCUAUUUUUUUCUCUUGGUUAAGGAUUUGAUUAUCUCUGUGGGAGUUAAGGAUAGGCUAAUGAUAAGCCACUAGGCUUCAACCUAUUCCUUUUUUCGGUUGCUUGAUUACUUUUAUGUAAAAUUGAUCAAUUGUUGUUGUUGACCGAAUAAAAAUAUCUGUCGAUCUA